GUUUCAAUUUAAAAAAAUAUCUGUUUUUAAACAAUUCAGCGUUUGACAAUAUUUAAUUCAUUUGGAUGACCUCAUCGGCAUAAUUAAUUAGUUUGGGUCAGUGUUGGUUCACCGUGGGAAAAGUUUUUUAAAAAUUAUUUUGAAGCUACGACACCUUUACAGCGUCUACAACAAUUGCCCUACAACCUCCUUAAUUCCGAAAAAUUCUUGUGUAUGUUAAUUUUUGCAGUUUAUACCGUUUACAUCUGACAAUUUUUUUCUCUACAUCUUCCUGUAUAAAAGAUAACAUUUCCUUGACUUAAAUAUUUAUAAAAAUUAUUAAUCAAAAUUGUUACAAAUUAUUUGUAAAAACAAACCAAAUCAUAUUGAGAUAAGGAAAUAGAAAAUCAUUCUAUGACCUGAUGUUUCCUGGAUUCGUUCGUACACUUUUAUGGAAAAUUCCCAGCUGGCUAGGGCACGUGCGCUAGAAAAAUCGGGCGAGGAUCGAUAAAAUCAUCCCCCGUUCUCUGUCUGGGCCAGGCUCUACCCUUUUGCACCAGACAGAGACCAGUUCAGAAUCUACGUUAGGUUAGAUCAGUUGUUUCGCGUGCCGAAGAAAACGUGCCACCUCACUUGGUGAGAUGUAUAAUUUAGUACCAUGUUUGUGGAAACUAAGAAACUUGUGCCACCAGACGGAGGAUGGGGGUGGAUUGUGGUCAUCGGAGUCAGUCUGGUCAAUCUUUGUACAAGGUCAAUAGAACAAUCGUUCGGUCUGCUGUUCGGCGAUCUACUAAAAGACCUUAACGUCGAAACAACCGGAGCGGCAGUCAUCAUGUCCACUCUGGACGCCCUCAUCAAUUUUUCCGGACUGUUCGUGGGCCCUUUGAUCAGAGCCUUCUCUUACCGCAAAGUGUGCGUGGUCGGCUCUCUAUUGGUCGCCCUAGGACUGAUUUCGACCAGCUGGGCCAAUAGCAUGGCGCACAUUUUGGUCACCUACAGCAUAAUCAACGGUUUGGGUGUUGGUCUGACUGCUUCGGCCACUUUUGUGGCUUUGAAUAAUUAUUUUAUGAAAAAACGCGGUCACGCUAUUGGAUACUCGUUGGCCGGAACUGCUUUUGGUAUGAUGCUGAUGCCGCAGGCUGUGAGACUACUUUUAGAUGCUUUUGGAUUCAGAGGUGCCAUACUUGUCCUAGGAGGUUUUGCCUUAAACUCUUUAGUGGGUUCAAUUUCGUUGCAACCUGCCAAAUGGCAUUUUGUGCCAGAACAGAAAAACAUCGAGGAAGGAGAAUACAAGCAGAGAAUACAUUUCUUCUUUGCGUCGAGCGAGGAAAUGGAAACGAUCAAAGAAGACGGCGAAGACGACGAAGAAAGUCAACAUCAAGAGGAGAUCAACAAACUGAUUUCCAACAAUAUGAUGACGAAAACGUUCGAGGAACUCAAACCUGGCGGAUUGCCAAGGAAAGCAUCUUUUCCGAGGAACUUUUCCACGAUGAGCUUUUUAGGAAACCGUCAUUUCUCUGGAACGCGCAGGCGCACGUCCAAAGAUUCCAUCAUGAGCAGCUUUUCCAGGUUGGACUUUACUGGAUCCAGCAUACAAUUGGCAAUUGAUACACCAGCACCAGAUACUCUAGUUUCCUCUGCUGAUCAAGGAGGCAAAUUACGACGCAACAUGAGCUACCCAGGCGUCCAAUUCUCCCCUCAACAAAAAGUAAUCAAAGAACUCCACCAAGAACAUCUCAAAGUCAAGGAGCAACAGAAAACCUGCUGGCAAAAGAUCGUCGAGUUUAUGGAUUUCGAUUUGCUCAAAGAUCCGAUUUACUUGAAUCUGGUGUUCGGUUUGUCGGUGUUUUACGUGGCCGAGCAAAAUUUCAAAAUGGUGCUGCCUUUCUUUUUCCAAAACAUCGGCUACACCAAAACGGACGUCGCUUGGUUUUUGUCCGUCCAAGCGUUCACGGACGUUUCGGCGCGGCUGAGUCUGGCUCCUAUUUGUGAUAAACUCGACGUGACCAAACGGACUUUGUUCAUGACUGGGAUUUUCUUUUUGGGGAUUUGUCGAUCUGUUUUGGCUCAACAAACCGAAUACCUAGGGAUAAUGAUAUGGAUGGCGAUAGCAGGUUUUUUCCGAGGAGCUGCCCUAAUCAACUUCGCCAUCACUAUAUCCGAAUACGCCACUUUGGAAAAGCUUCCGGCCGCUUUUGGGUUGCACAACGUCGGAAAAGGUUUAUUCGUCGUAACUUUAGGUCCAGUUCUAGGCAAAAUCCGCGACAGUUCUCAAUCGUAUCCGGUUUGUUUGCACUCGCAAUCUUGUCUGAUAAUGACGUGCGUGCUGGCUUGGGGUAUCGAGUAUUUGUAUCGGCAUUGUCGUACUAGAACGGCCGAAUCGGAAAAAUCCGAUACCGAUACUACAAAUACAUGACAAACGGAUGUCGACUAAAAUUUGUCAGUCGAUACUGUAUCCAUUCGAUCGGUUUAGGAUCAAUUGGAUAGGAGUAUCGACUGAGAAUUAGUUUAGUCGAGCAAAAAAAAUCAUUAUUUUUUUUUCAAUAAUUGUGACAAUAGAUUAAUAUAUAAUAGCCAAAACAAAAUAGUUAUUUUUUGCCAAAAAAAAUUGGAUUGAGUUUUCCAAGUACAGGUGUAAACGUAGUCAAUAAUAAUUGAACAUUUUUCAUUUUGUAACAUAUCAGUCAAGUUUUAAUAGGAAAAAAUGUUGUUUGGAUUCAUAAACUGUAUAAGUUACCAUUUGGCUACGUUUAAUUUUUGUUUUUCUAAUCUAAAAGAAAGUUUAUCGUUACUGCUCAUAUACUGGGCGUUUGAUUAUACAUAAUCAAACGCCCUGUAUAAUUUGUGUAUUGAAGAGAAUGGGGUAAAAAAAAGAGUCGUGAUAAAGCUGUUCAAAUAAUUAAGACUGAUUCCGAGAAACAGUAUUUCUCUAUAAAUAAAAUUUAAAUAAAAAAAGGAAAUUUUUAAAAAAGACGUAAAAAGGCCAUAUUCUUCUAUUUCCGGGUUUGUUUCAUAUUUUUUGUUUUUGUUGUACAGUAUUGUGUAAUAUGACUCUAUGCAUGUCAAACGGGAGCUGGAAAUUCGAAUUUUGUACAUAAAAAUAAUAUUUUAUUUUUGGAAUUUCUAGUUUCCGUUUAUUAUUCAUUAGUGUAUAUGUCAAAUAAAUGUAAUAAUAAAAAAAGUGUUUUUAUUUCGGUU